UUUAUUAACAGACAUCGCGUGGCUAGAUUAAUAUUUUACAACACUUGUGGCGCAAACAUGUCUCCUAGCGCCUUCAAAUUAACUUUUAGUGUUAUCUUAAUCUGUUUUUUUGUGGAUUCAAGUAAUUCUUCAUUUGUCGAUACAUUAACUAAAUGCGGCAUCAAAGAACCAAAAUGUCAAAGUAAACUUUUUGAGAGUGUGCUUCAACGUAUUGGAAAAACUGGUAUACCUGAUCUAAAUAUUCCACCUAUCGAUCCAAUUCAAAUAAAGGAUGUGUCAUUUGAGGUUAUGAAUUGGAUUAACCUCACAUUUGUCGAAGGAGUUGUAACUGGCAUAAAGGAUUGCAAAUUUAUCAAUUACGACAUCGAUAUUGAAAAGGGUACAGGUAGUCAAGAACUAUUGUGUGAUGUAUUAAUCAAGGGACGCUAUCACGUGGACGCUGCAUCACCGGAGAUCGCAGUUAUUCUCGGAGACUCCGAAUUAGUAGGAGACGGACAAGGAAAAGUUAAAAUAGAUAAGAUUCGACUCGUAUUUGAGUAUCCUGUAGGUGUGUAUAAGAAAGAUGACGGUGAAAUUUACCUUAAAUGCGACUACAGCAAAAAGGCACAAAGAUUCAAUAUUUUGGGCAAGGUAACCUUUGCUGCGGACAACAUUUAUCUGGGCAAAGAGAAUGUCAGCGAAAUCGUCGUAAAUUAUCUGAAUGACAAUUGGAAGUUUAUAAUGAAAACAUUUGGACGAAUUUUCAUUGACAAAGCGACCGAGUAUUAUAAUCUCUUUGCGAGGAAUUUCUUCGACCAUGUUCCAGCAAAACAUUUUAUAUCCGAUGAUCUGAGCCCAUACCUGUGAUAUUAACAAAUAGAUUUAAAUACAUUGUUAGAUAAGAAAUAAUAUACCAAUUUAUUGACA